AUGCGCGCCCACACCUCGCUCUUUGCUGCUCUCGCUGUUGUCGCCGCCUUGGCAACUCGCAGCGCCUUUGCCCUCGCCACAGAGCAGCCGAGCGGCGACGACGUUGCCCUCUCCUCUUGGACGUGCCCGGAGCGCAUGCCAUCCACGCCCAACCUCGUGCUCAACCCGAGCUUCGAGACGGUCGAUGCGAGAAGCGCGACGCAAGACAAGUACUUUACAGAAGCAGCGCAGUGGACACCCAGUUUCCUGAGCGUCAAUGAGAACCGCGUGGGUCCUGGUGCAGACGAUGUUCGCGAUGGGGAGAGCGCGUACGAUGGAGAGUACUUUGAGCGUUUCGGUACGAAUGAGAUCAUCUCCUACACUUCCGAAGGCGCUUACACCCUGCUGCCCGGCAAAAAGUACAUUCUCAGCUUCUUUGCCCGCGGCACCGGCGGACGCAACGGCGUCUCUUUUGGCCCUGGCAUGCUGCUGGAUGCUCGCAUCGAUGGGAGCAGUCUGAGCAGCCCCGUCACCAGCUUCCCGCGCGGCCGACCAUGGACGCAGUACUGCGUGCCCGGCUUCAUUCAAGGCUCUGUCGGUGCCAAAACGCUCUCCUUUAGGCUGCAGGAUCAGCCGGGAAACAUUGCAAUCGACCUCGUCGCUCUGCAAGAGUACUACUUUCCUCCAGUCACACCGCCAGAGCCGCCUGCAAAGGCCCCCUUGGGCGGGACGUGCACUUUGCCAGGCGACUGCAAGAGCAAUGCGUGCAACGAGGGCCAUUGCGUAGCCAAUCAUGGCACUGCUCUCCUCGGCCAAUACUGCAACGCCGAUGCGCAGUGCAUCCACUCUUUGCUCUUUUGCAGCAAACGCUCCUUCAAAUGCCUUCCAAAGCGUCUGCCGGGCAGCACGUGCCUUCGCGAUGCCGUGUGCUUCUCAGGCAAGUGCGAUGCGAAUGGAAGGUGCGCGCCCGCUCCUAGCAAAGGCGAUCCUGGAUGCUACUGCAGCGACGAUCAGCACUGCAAGACCGGCUACUGCUCCAAGCCCGCUUCGGGUCACUUUGGCAUCUGCAAAGGCAAGAAGCCGUUUGGUGCUGCGUGCAAUCGAGACGCAGCGUGCAUGCGCGGCCAGUGCAUCACGCAGCGCUGCGUUCCAAAGGCAUAUCUGGGCGAGUCUGGCGAUUACUGCAACAAUUCCAAUCAGUGCCGCACCUGUCGAUGCACGCGACAGCACAAGUGCAGCUCCAAGCCUCGGCCUCGAGAUCUCGUCGCAUGA